AUGUCUCCCGUGGCGCGCCGAUUGUUCUUCUUUUACGGGCGGGUCUCCCAUGUAUUCACAUACGGCCACAGGCACACCGAUGAGUCGCCCGAUGAGCCGCUGCGCGCUGCGCUCGGCUGCGGCGACCCCGCCUCGCAGCAGUACCUGCCGCCCACGCCGCGCGAGACGGCGCUCGGCUGGAUGGAGGAGGCCGAGGUGGUCGGGCUCGUCUGCACGCACACCUGCCUGCCGCACGGCCAGGCCUACCGCGACAGCCGGGGCGGCGCCGCCGAGUGGGGACGCGCCGUCUUCAACAAUGGCAGCGCGGGGAUGCCCAACUUCGAGGGGCAGCGCUUCGGCCUGAUCACGCGGGUGAGCGCCGACCUACUCGAGUACAAGCCGUGCCGCCCGACUCGCUCUACGGCGUCGCCGCCGGCGGGCUGCGCUUUGAUGCGCUGCCCGUGCACACACGGCUGGAUGGCCCAAUUCGAGGCGGUCUGGCCAGCGGGCUCCGACGCGCACGCCUCGUACCACGCGCGGCUGGUCCGCGGGCCGGGCGGCUUCACGCGGAGGCGCGGCUUCACGCGGAGGCGCGCGGCGAGAGAGGGCGUGUCUUGA